CAUGAACGUCAUCCAUUCCCAGUGGUCCACCUGUUAUGAAUGCGCCGAUGCAUUCCGCCAUCCCACGCAGCUAGCAAGCCCUUCUCUCCCUCUCGCCUCAGCAACGCCCCUCGCUGACGAACGCUGUACCCUGUGCGAUGACGGACAGGCCGACGGAGCCAUCCGAUGCUGGCACUGAGGGGCUGGCGAGGCAGCAGACGGCCACAACAGCCGAGCAGCCGCCAGCUGUGGCUCCUCCUGCAGCAGUGGGUGGCGGGGAGGGCGAGGGGAAGGGCGAAGGGGAGGGCGGGCAGACGCAGCAGCUGCCUGUCAACACGCCGGUGUUCUUCCAGAACCCCGAUGGGUCAUAUCUAGAAGGUGAGAGAUGCAGCGAGAGAGGACGGAACGCGGCGCUGUUACACUGCAUUCGUGUCUGUGUGUGGUGUGUGUGUGUGGUCAGGUGUGCCGCCAGGGUACAAGGAGAGAACGCCGCCUCGCUCACCGAGACUGCCUGAUGUCAAUGGGUGGGUGACGAUGCACACACAUGCGAACACACACACACAUCGAAACACACGCACGAGAACGACACAGCCGCAUUCAGACACAUGGCUGGUGUGUGUGUGGAUUGAUGGCCACCUUGCAAUGCAUGAUGCAGUUGGUUUGACGAGUUGGACGCGCCCACGUUGGGUGAGGAGUUCCUGUUCAUCUACACGCGCCACGAGAAGCUGUUUUUGUCUUUGCUGCUGAUGGAGCUGCUCAUAGAGGUCACAUUCAACGCCAUGUACGUCUACUACAGAAACUACACCGUCAGAGAGGUGAGGGACGACCGAUGCAGACAGACCUACCGAUGGAUGAAGACAGCGCACUGAUGGAUGGAUGGAUGUGUGUGUGUGAUUCUGUGCAGGUGGCGAUCAUCUAUCACGGAGUGUUAUCGCUGCAGACCCUGUGGACCAUCUUCUGGGUCAUGUUCGCAAUCGAAUCCGCUUACGAGGUGGCAUUCUACGCUACGGGAUUCUGGGCCGUCAUCUCCGACAGGCCAUCGGUACACACACACACACACACACGCAUUCAGACGCAGACGGGGAGAGAGAGGGUGCGAGUGUGUGUGUGUGCGUGUGUGUGUAGGCGUAUCAGUGGUUCAGUCAGAUAGCUCUGUUUGGGAUUCUGGGCCAGGUGGUGCUGGCCUACAUGAACAAGUUCAACCUGCUCAUAUUCUUCUUCAGACUCAUGGCUUACAUAUACGCUAAGUAGGCCGAUACCCCUCCCAGCACACAGACACACACACAUCUACCGAGUUCAUUCACACCCAAUGCGUGUGCCAUUUUUGCAGGUUUCUGCGCAAUUUGCGUCAGUCUUUGGCGCUGCUGGGCCCGGCGCAGCCCAAUGGCAAUGGCGCCAACCAGCUACAGUUCGACCUCUGAUUGACGGGAUGGAUGGGCAGAGAUAGAUGUUGCUGGGGUGUGGGGGUGGGGUGUUGCUGGCGGGUGAGUGGUUCUGUCUGUUGUGUGUGGGUGGCGCUUGUGGUUGCGGCGCGGGUGGGUGAUUCAUCCAUGUGUACGUGUACAUACUUAUAUAUGUCCACGGAAGUGUGUAUGCAUAUGGUGUGCAGACAUAUGCACAGUGUGCUCUGGGGAUCGUGUGUGUAUGUGUACAUAUGCUUGUACGCGAGGGCCAUUCAUCGAUGGGACCCCACGCGAAUGCGUG